GCCAGUUGGUGUGAGCAGUUGUUGUGCACAGAGCGAGCGAGCAGUGGCUUUAGAGCUGAAGCACAGGAGUGGAGAAGCAGAGAAGCUGCAGCCAUGGAGCUAUUCGAGACCAACCCCUACUUCUUUCCCGACCAGAGGUUUUACGAGGCCGGCGAGAACUUUUUCCCAUCCCGGCUGCAGAACAGUUACGAUCAGUCGGGUUACCAGGAGCGACCGCUUGUGGGGCUGUGCCCUGACAACAGGCUGCUGCCUGGACCCGGCUUGGAAGAGAAGGUCUCGCCAGCGUCCGGUCUCUCCCCACAGGAGCACUGCCCCGGCCAGUGCCUGCCCUGGGCGUGCAGGAUCUGCAAACGCAAGACCGUCACGGUAGACAGGAGGAAAGCCGCCACCAUGAGGGAGAAAAGGAGGCUGAAGAAAGUCAAUGAGGCUUUCGAAGCUCUUAAGAGAAGCACCCUGAUGAACCCCAAUCAGAGGCUGCCCAAGGUGGAGAUCCUGCGCAGCGCCAUCCAGUACAUCGAGAGGCUGCAGACUCUCCUCGGCUCCCUGAACCAGCAGGAGCAUGAGCAGAGGAACCUGCAUUAUAGGAAUGCCAGUUCUCAGAGGAUGUCCUCCUCUAGUGAACGCGGGUCCAGCAGUACGUGCUGCAGCAGCCCGGAAUGGACCAGCAGCUCAGAACAGUGCAGCAACACCUUCAGCAACAUUACCAACAACCAUGAAGAUCUUUUGACCGAAGACUCGUCGGCAGAGCCGAACCUCCGCUCCCUGUCUUCAAUAGUGGACAGCAUCGCCACCGAAGACACCCCCGUUUCAUAUUCGGGGGGCGUUCCCACCUAGAAUGAAGAAAACGGAUUGAGGGACACGGAACCGAGACCACUGGCACAUCUCAAAGCAAACCAUUCAGGGUUUGUUUAUCGUAGGAGUGUGGCCACUACGAAGAAUGCACAGAACAAGGACACGGAUAUGUCAUUUAAAACACGCGAUCAUACAUGAUGAGAGUCAAAAAACAUGUCAGGCCAAUGCCGGCAAAGCAGAUUGUUGAAACAUUUCUCUACUUCAUUGAAACCCUGUCCUGCACUAUCCCAGUUACUUCCCUGUUAAAUUAAGGACGCUGUGCUGUUUUAAAAAAAAAAAAAAGAAUUUUUAAAUUCUGUAAGCCCUUAAUUUAAAACCCAUAGCUUUCAAUGCAAAUUAAUGUUGCCCUUUAAAUAGGAAAAAAACAAGGGUUUUGUAUUAGAAUUAAAUGAAUGCAUUUCUUAUACAUUUCAGACAGACAGACUUCAAAAGUUUCAGAUGAUCCCCCCCC